AUGGCUGGCGUCUCCACGUCAUCAGCAUCCUCGGUCGUGAUCGCUUUUGCGUUCUUUCUCCUCGAGGCGUCUGUAGCGCGCGCCGUGGCUCCGGUCCCCAUGUCCUCGAACGAUAUGAACGCGCUGCUCGCAAUAAAGCCGGUUCUGGGUGUGACGCUAACGUCUUGGCAGUCAUCGUCGUCUCAGUGCACGCCGAUUGAACAGACCAAGAACGGCAAUGAGUGGGAUGCAGUGCAGUGCGAUGCAUCCGGAAACGUCGCUUACCUGAACUUCUACAUGCAGUCGCUGAAGGGAAGCAUGCCGACAGACAUCAGCAAGCUCUCCGCGCUCACUUACCUCAAUCUCUGCUACAACCUGCUGCACGCCAGCUUCACGCCUUGGACAGCCACUCUCAUGCAAAUGCCGCAACUCAAAGAAAUGCGAUUCUGUGCCAACUGGUUCUAUGGCACCAUCCCAACGUCUAUCAUCACUCUCACACGCCUAACCUACCUAGGUCUAUUCUCCAACUACCUCGUGGGCACGGUCCCAACACCCCCGCCCUCUCUCCAAUACUUCAGCGUGGAGCGAAAUCUCCUCACCGGCUCCUUCCCUUCCGGUGUCCCAACCACCGUGUGCAAGGCCAACUGCUUCACCAGCCCCCCUACUGCCUGCCCUCUUUCCACCCAGCGGGCCUCUACCAAGUGUGUGUUCUGCGGGGGAAUCUCCUGGGCGACGGGCAUGUGCCGGGGGUAUUUGGAGGGUUGCACCCCGGAUACGACUGGGCUGAGCAGUCCCAACGGGGGGAGCGCUGUGCUGCUGCCACGGUUCUGCGAGGCUGUCACGAUUCUCCCAGCUCACGUGUCCGUCCUGCUGGCGCUCAAGUCAUCUCUGGGAGUGACAGACACCACAUGGGCGGGCACAGGGGAGUGUACGGGGGAGGAAUCCUCCCAGGCUUCCCCUUACUGGGCUGGCGUCAAAUGCUCCGACACUGGGGCUGUCACAAGCAUCACUCUGCGAACACAAGGCCUCUCUGGAUCGCUCCCCUCAUCCAUCGCUGCACUCCCAACCCUCACCUCCCUGGACCUGAGCUCCAACCUCUUCAACCAGCAGCUGGACGGCUUUCUCUCUGUCUUGGUCUCGCUCACUUCGCUCCAGCAGCUGCUUCUGGGGUACAACUGGUUCUAUGGCUCAAUCCCCACCACCAUCUCUGAGCUCACCAAACUGACCGGCCUGUCCUUCUUCUCAAACUACCUCACCGGCUCGCUCCCCUCACUUCCCGCCUCACUUCUUGCGCUCGACAUAGCCUACAACUUCCUCUCCGGCUCGCUCCCCACCCUCCCCUCCACCCUCUCCCACUGCGCGGCCGAACACAACUGCCUUAUCCCCGCCGCCGCUGCCCCCUGCGCUCGCUUCGGCUCCACCCAACGCCCUGACGCAGUGGCGGGAGCAGCGGCAGCAUCAGCAACAGAGCGGUGCGCCGUGUGCGGGAUGGGCACGGCGGCAGAAGCAAGCUUAUGCUAUGAUGGGGACUGCGUUGUGUCUGUGGCCCCAGUGGUGGCUCAGGCAGGGACCAAUGGGCCGGCUCAAGCCGUGCUGGAUAUGCAGUGCACAGGCAACACACAAACCUCCAUGACAGAUGCCACAGUAAACGCUCUUCUUGCGCUCAAGAGCGCGUUGGGAGUGACGGCCACGGCAUGGGGGGGCAGUGGGGCGUGCACAGUGGAGGGAUACACCUCGGGCUCUGACUGGCCCGGAGUGGCCUGCGACUCCCUCGGGAACGUCCUCUCCAUUGAUCUAACGAGUCAGAAGCUCAAGGGGUCCAUGGCCUCGGAUGUCACCACUCUCACAUCGCUCACUCGCCUAACCUUCGACAGCAACCUUUUCUGGACGCCGCUUCACUCCUUUGUCUCCUACUUCUCUUCUCUCUCCAACCUUGUCGUGCUCGACCUGCAAUACAACUGGUUCUACGGUUCACUGCCUGCCUACCUGCUCAACCUCCCCAGCCUCACCAGCCUAGCCCUUGGCUGUAACUACCUCACGGGCUCCAUUCCUGCACCCACCUCAACCACUCUCGCCAAGCUCGCACUCACCCAAAACUUCCUCUCUGGCUCCUUCCCUCUCCUUAGCCGACGCUCACGCCCCCACCACUGUACGCGUUACGCACUGUUCCCGUUUCUCUCUACAGAAGACGCGCUGCUCGCAAUAAAGCCGGCUCUGGGCGUGACGCUAACGUCCUGGCAGGCGUCGUCUAGCUGCGGGCCGCUCGGGUUCGUGCAGCAGGCCAAUGAGUUUGGUGCCGUGUCGUGCGAUGGGUCCGGAAACGUCGUUUGGAUUCGCUCAAGGGAAGCAUGCCAACUGACAUCAGCAAGCUCUCCGCUCUCACCUUCCUGUGAGCCGCCCCUUCCUUUCCUCCCCUCCAUCCCACCUUCCCCCUUUUCCCGCCUUCCCCCAUUUCCCGCCUCCCCCCCUUUCUCUCCUCUUAACUCCUGGACUCGAAAACCGGAUGACAAGAGCCUUCAUCCAUCGGUGGCUGGCACAACCCCUGCCUUUCACGCACUUGCUUGGCAUUUCCCAGAAACACAGAAAUCUCUGCUACAACCUGCUGCGCGCCCCUCCGCCCUCCCCCCCCCCGCGUUCAGCAUCUCUGCUACAACCUGCUGCACGGCACGGCAGCUUCUGACGCAUCUCAAACUCCCUCCGCCUCUCCCACCCUUCCCUCUCCCCCCCUCCCCACAGCAAUCUCUGCUACAACCUGCUGCACGGCAGCUUCACGCCUUGGACCGCCACACUGAUGCAAAUGCCUCAACUCAUAGAUUUGUGAGUCCUUUUUUCGCCAGCAUAAUGGCCAGGCCAGCACAACCUUUCUCUCGCCAGCAGCACAAGCUUUCCCCGUGCUCUCGCUCUCCAGCUCCUGUGCUCUCACUCCCCCCUUCCCUCUCCGUGCAUGUGGCGUGUGGUGUGUGGCGUGUGGCGUGUGGGGAUCCCCCUCCCGUGCUCUCACUCCCCCUUUCCCUCCCCUUUGUGGGGAUGCCUCUCUGUGCGAGUGGCGUGUCCAACCUCGCUGUGCGAGUGGCGUGUCGUCCAACCUCUCUGUGCACCCGAGUGCAUACCACCAUCCGGUUCCACAGCACCAUCGUAACCACCCUGGAGGGUCGUUCCCGAUUGGAUUUGCAGGCGGAUUUGUGCCAAUUGGUUCUACGGCACUGUCCCAACAUCCAGUUAACCAUAUUCUCCAACUACCUCGUGGGCACGAUCCCCCCACUCCCCCCUUCGCUCGUAAACGUUUACGUGGAUGAAAACUUCUUCAUCGCCCGUUCCCCCUCCGGCGUCUCACCCGCCGUCUGCCACACCAACUGCUUCACCAGCAGCCCCCCUGCUGCCUGCCCCCUCUCCACCCAACGGCCCGCUGCCCAGUGUGUGUUUUGCGGCGGGGCGGCGGGGGCGACGGGCAUGUGCGGGGGGCUUCUGGAGGGGUGCACGGUGGACCCGACCGGGCUGACUGCGCCAAAUGGGGGCUCUGCUGCGCUGCUGCCGCAGUUCUGCGAGGCUGUCUACAUUCUCCCCGCGCAGGUGUCCGUCCUGAUGGCGCUCAAGUCGUCGCUGGGAGUGACGGACAGCACGUGGGUGGGCACAGGGGAGAGUACGGGGGCGAAAGCCUCCCAGGCGACGCCCUACUGGGCUGGGCGCUCUGCGCAUGCAAGGCGCCUCUGGGUCACUUCACUCCUCCGUCUCAUCGCUCUCAGCGCUCACCUCCCUGUACGUACGGUCCUGCCUCCCGGUCUCUUCUUGACACGUCUCAAAAGGCCCUCCUCUAUCCGUCUCAUCGCUCUCAGCGCUCACCUCCCUGUACGUACGGUCCUGCCUCCCGGUCUCUUCUUGACACGUCUCAAAAGGCCCUCCUCUAUCCGUCUCAUCGCUCUCAGCGCUCACCUCCCUGUACGUACGGUCCUGCCUCCCGGUCUCUUCUUGACACGUCUCAAAAGGCCCUCCUCUAUCCGUCUCAUCGCUCUCGGCGCUCACCUCCCUGUACGUACGGUCCUGCCUCCCGGUCUCUUCUUGACACGUCUCAAAAGGCCCUCCUCUAUCCGUCUCAUCGCUCUCAGCGCUCACCUCCCUGUACGUACGGUCCUGCCUCCCGGUCUCUUCUUGACACGUCUCAAAAGGCCCUCCUCUAUCCGUCUCAUCGCUCUCAGCGCUCACCUCCCUGUACGUACGGUCCUGCCUCCCGGUCUCUUCUUGACACGUCUCAAAAGGCCCUCCUCUAUCCGUCUCAUCGCUCUCAGCGCUCACCUCCCUGUACGUACGGUCCUGCCUCCCGGUCUCUUCUUGACACGUCUCAAAAGGCCCUCCUCUAUCCGUCUCAUCGCUCUCGGCGCUCACCUCCCUGUACGUACGGUCCUGCCUCCCGGUCUCUUCUUGACACGUCUCAAAAGGCCCUCCUCUAUCCGUCUCAUCGCUCUCAGCGCUCACCUCCCUGUACGUACGGUCCUGCCUCCCGGUCUCUUCUUGACACGUCUCAAAAGGCCCUCCUCUAUCCGUCUCAUCGCUCUCAGCGCUCACCUCCCUGUACGUACGGUCCUGCCUCCCGGUCUCUUCUUGACACGUCUCAAAAGGCCCUCCUCUAUCCGUCUCAUCGCUCUCAGCGCUCACCUCCCUGUACGUACGGUCCUGCCUCCCGGUCUCUUCUUGACACGUCUCAAAAGGCCCUCCUCUAUCCGUCUCAUCGCUCUCAGCGCUCACCUCCCUGUACGUACGGUCCUGCCUCCCGGUCUCUUCUUGACACGUCUCAAAAGGCCCUCCUCUAUCCGUCUCAUCGCUCUCAGCGCUCACCUCCCUGUACGUACGGUCCUGCCUCCCGGUCUCUUCUUGACACGUCUCAAAAGGCCCUCCUCUAUCCGUCUCAUCGCUCUCAGCGCUCACCUCCCUGUACGUACGGUCCUGCCUCCCGGUCUCUUCUUGACACGUCUCAAAAGGCCCUCCUCUAUCCGUCUCAUCGCUCUCGGCGCUCACCUCCCUCGCUCACCUCCCUGUACGUACGGUCCUGCCUCCCGGUCUCUUCUUGACACGUCUCAAAAGGCCCUCCUCUAUCCGUCUCAUCGCUCUCAGCGCUCACCUCCCUGUACGUACGGCCCUGCCUCCCGGUCUCUUCUUGACACGUCUCAAAAGGCCCUCCUCUAUCCGUCUCAUCGCUCUCAGCGCUCACCUCCCUGUACGUACGGCCCUGCCUCCCGGUCUCUUCUUGACACGUCUCAAAAGGCCCUCCUCUAUCCGUCUCAUCGCUCUCAGCGCUCACCUCCCUGUACGUACGGCCCUGCCGCUCCCUCUCGCCACCCCUUCAAUGCUCACCUCACACAUUCCCACGCCUAUGGCACCCCACUUACCCAUCACAUCACACCCACUCUCUUUUUGCCAUGUCCCUGUUCCCCCCUUGCCGCUACUCCUGCAUCGCAUUGUCUGCUUCUGGGGUACAACUGGUUCUAUGGCUCAAUCCCCACCACCAUCUCCCAGCUCUCCAAAUUAACCGGCCUGUCCCUCUUCUCCAACUACCUCACCGGCUCGCUCCCCUCACUCCCCUCCUCCCUCCUUGCCCUCGACAUAGCCUACAACUUCCUCUCCGGUUCCCUCCCCACCCUCCCCUCCACCCUCUCCCACUGCGCCGCCGAACACAACUGCCUCGUACCUGCCGCUGCUGCUCCCUGCGCUCGCUUCGGCUCCACGCAACGCCCUGCCGCAGUGGCGGGGGCAGCAGCAGCGACGGCGACAGAGCGGUGUGCGGUGUGCGGGAUGGGGACGGCGACGGAAGAAAGCGUUUGCUUUGAUGGGGAGUGUGUUGUGUCUGUGGCCCCAGCUGUGGUUCUGGCGGGGCCCAACGGACCAGUUCAAGCCGUGCAGGACCUCCAGUGCACAGGUGGGUAUGUUUGUGUGGGAGAAGGAGAGAGGAGCUUUGAUGGGGAGUGUGUUGUGUCUGUGGCCCCGGCGCUCAGGUGGGGCCAAACGGGCCGGCUCAAGCCGUGCAGGAUAUGCAGUGCACAGGUGGGUAUGUCUGUGUGGGAGAAGGAGAGAGGUGCUGGGACGGGCACUGCUUGGUGCCUGUGCCUCCAAAUGAGGUUCAGUCGGUAUCACUGGUGGUUCACGCGGGGCCGUGUCAAGCUGUGCUGGAUCACAAUGUUCGGGUGUUCGGGUGUGUGUGCUGUGUGUGCACCUUAUCUCCUUCCCCAUGCAUCCACCUCAUCCCCUUCCCCAUGCAUCCACCUCAUCCCCUUCCCCAUGCAUCCACCUCGUCCCCUUCCCCAUGCAUCCACCUCAUCCCCUUCCCCAUGCAUCCACCUCAUCCCCUUCCCCAUGCAUCCACCUCAUCUCCUUCCCCAUGCAUCCACCUCAUCCCCUUCCCCAUGCAUCCACCUCAUCCCCUUCCCCAUGCAUCCACCUCAUCUCCUUCCCCAUGCAUCCACCUCAUCCCCUUCCCCAUGCAUCCACCUCAUCCCCUUCCCCAUGCAUCCACCUCGUCCCCUUCCCCAUGCAUCCACCUCAUCCCCUUCCCCAUGCAUCCACCUCAUCUCCUUCCCCAUGCAUCCACCUCAUCCCCUUCCCCAUGCAUCCACCUCAUCCCCUUCCCCAUGCAUCCACCUCAUCUCCUUCCCCAUGCAUCCACCUCAUCCCCUUCCCCAUGCAUCCACCUCAUCUCCUUCCCCAUGCAUCCACCUCAUCCCCUUCCCCAUGCAUCCACCUCAUCCCCUUCCCCAUGCAUCCACCUCAUCCCCUUCCCCAUGCAUCCACCUCAUCCCCUUCCCCAUGCAUCCACCUCGUCCCCUUCCCCAUGCAUCCACCUCAUCCCCUUCCCCAUGCAUCCACCUCAUCCCCUUCAUCCUUUUCUCCACCCUUGCCUCAUCCCCAUCCUUCUACCCCGCUCCCACCCACCCACCCACAUCCAUUCUGCUCCAUGCAGGCAGCUCACAAGCUUCGAUGUCGGUUGCUACAGUGACUGCUCUUUUAUCUCUCAAGAGCGCCUUGGGAGUGACGGCCACGGCAUGGGGCAGUGGGGGGUGCAGUGUGGAGGGAUACACCUCGGGCUCUGACUGGCCCGGUGUGGCGUGCGACUCCCUCGGGAACGUUGUCUCCAUUGACUUGACAAGUCAUAAGCUCAAGGGGUCCAUGACUCCAUGGCAGCGGAUGGCAGCACUCUCACAUCACCCAUCCUCCGUGUUGCCUUGCCUUUCACCCGGGCAAUCCAUGCAUGCUCACUUCCAUGCUCUCAUGCUCUCAACCCUCGUGCCUCUUCUGCCUGGCAGUGACUUGACGAGUCAGAAGCUCAAAGGGUCCAUGGCCUCGGAUGUCAUCGCUCUCACAUCGCUCACUCGCCUCACCUUCGACAGCAAUCUAUUCUGGACGCCUCUUGCCUCCUUUGUCUCCUACUUCUCCUCCCUCUCCAGCCUCGUCGUGCUCGACCUGCAAUACAACUGGUUUUACGGUACACUGCCCGCCUACCUGCUCGACCUCCCCAACCUCACCAGCCUCGCCCUGGGAGGCAACUACCUCACGGGCACCGUACCCAAGCCCACUGCAACCACCCUUGGCAAGCUCACACUCACCAGCAACUUCCUCACAGGCUCGGCGGAGCAAGAGGUGGCGGGGAGGGUGGAGGUUGAGGAGGGGGAGAGGGUGGUGGUUGGGGAGGAGAUGGGGGAGGGAGAGGUGGAGGGGAGGGUGGUGGUUGUGGAGGGGAGGGGGGAGGGAGAGGAGGGGAGGGAGGAGGAAGGGGAGGGGGAUAGGGUGGUGGGGAGGGAGGAGGAUAGGGAGGGGGGCAGGGUGGGGAAUCGGCUGGGGAGGGAGGCGGAUAGGGAGGGGGGGAGGGUGGGGAAUCGGGUGGGGAGGGAGGGGGAAAGGGAGGGGAAAAGGGUGGGGAAUUGGGAGGUGAGGGAGGAGGAUAAGGAGGGGGGAAGGGUGGUGGGUGGGGAGGAGGGGAGGGGGGAGGGGGAGGAGGAAGAGAGGUGGGAGGGGAGGGUGGGGGUGAUGGUAGUGGGGGAGUGGACAGGGGAGGAGUGUCAGAAAGCGGAGGUGAUGGGGGAAAGGGAGGUGGGGGGAAGGGAGGCGUUGUUGCUUCAGGAGGCGAGGGGGGAGAGAGAGGAGGGAGGGAGGGUGGUGUAUCUGGAGCAUUGGUGGGGGAAGGUAGGGGUGAUAGUGAUGAGGGGAUGGGAGGAGGCUGAGAGAGUGAGGCAGAAAGAGGGGGUGAUGGGGGGAAGGGAGGCGAGGGAAGCGGAGGAGCUGUUGCUUUGGGAGGGGAGGGGGGAGAGAGAGGAGGAGAAGGUGGGGAGGGUGGUGAGUCAGGAGUGA